AUGUCGCUUCCGAGCACUUCAAGAGACAGGGACUCUUAUUUGAGCUUCGUAACAAAUGGAUUUUCUAAUUGGAAGAAAGCUCUGCACAGAUUUCAGACGCACGAGGCCUCUAGCCAUCACAAGGCAGCGACCAACGCACUGGCAGCUGUGAAAGGUGGUUUGAAUGUUGUGGUUUCCUGUUCCCGAGCGAAACAAAAGGAAAUGAGGGACGCAAGGAAAGCUCUCCUUGCUAUACUGUCUUCUGUGAAGUACCUAGCUUGCCAGGGUCUGGCGAUACGCGGACAUGACGAUGCAGAUAGUAACCUGAAACAGCUUCUAGAACUUCGUUCAAACGAUGUGCCAGAACUUAAAUCCUGGCUGCAACGAACAACGUACAAGUGGAUCUCUCAUGACGUUGUGAACGAAAUGUUGGAACUGUUGGCUGAUGACGUCCUGCGUUCGUUAACAAACGAGGUUCGAGCUGCCGAAUACUAUUCCGUUAUCAUGGAUGAAACAACGAACAUAUCUGUAAAGGAGCAGGUUUCAGUUUGUUUCCGCAUUGUUCAGAAGGGCUUGCAAGUGCAGGAGCUAUUCUGUGGCUUCUUCUGCACAACCGAUACCAAAGCAGCCACUCUGUGUGCAAUCCUCAAUGACAUCCUGCGUCGAUUCAAUCUCCCGAUCGGCAAGUGUCGUGGGCAGUGCUAUGAUGGCGCUGCGAAUAUGAAAGGACAGCGCAGCGGGCUGCAAGCAUUGAUACAACAAGAAGAGCCACGUGCGCUAUACGUCCACUGCAUAGCGCACGUCAUCAACUUAGUAUUACAGGACAUGGGUCAAAGAGUUAGCGUCUGUCGCGACUUCCUGAGUAUGAUAACUGAACUUAUAGGCUUCGUUAGCUCGUCCCCAAAGCGUCUUAGUUCGUUCCAGACUUACCAGGAAGAAGACGAGAACGUACACUUGAGAAAGUUCUGCCCAACAAGGUGGACGCUGAAAGCCGCGUCUCUCCGGUCAGUGCUACAGAAUUAA